CGUACUGUACCUAUAUUUGCUUUCAUGUAGUCAAAUAAUAUAAAUAAAGUCUAGUCUUCCUAUUUUAGCCUUCGUGGUUCAGUAGUUGUAGCUGUCGAAAGCAAAAGUCGUCGGAACGUGAAUGUCUCUCUUCAACAUCGACCGCUCAUUCUGGGAUUACCCAUUUGUUGAAAGCUAAGCAUAAAUUGUACUCCAUUUAAAUUGCUUUGCAAGAUGAACCAGAUGGCAUCAGUGAUUGUGGUAACAAAUUUAAAUCCUGAGACCAGAGACAAUGCCAUUGAAUUCUUCUUUAGCAACAAACGACGCAGCAGUGGAGGUCCUGUUGUUCAAGUGGACAGAUUAAACAAGUCCUGUGCUCAUGUUCAUUUCUCCAGCUCAUUAGAUGCUCAGCAAGUAGUUGAUAAAGGAUCUCAUGUCCUUGAUGGUUUUCCUCUUGAUGUCUCGUUUGAACAGACUUCAUCUUCAAUCAGACCUUCUUCACAAGUUGAUGUGGACACCAGGCUGACAAAUGAUGAGAGCUAUAGCUUGUCAGCAGAUAUAAAAUAUUAUAUGGGUCAAAGAUAUGAGACACAAUAUGAUAGAUAUCAAAGAUAUGAGACAAAAUAUAGAGCAGACCAUGAGCAACAUAAGGCUACAGACAGAGAUAAGGCAAUGUGUGCCUCAAGUCAGUUUGCCACCAGCCACAAUACAUUGUUUUCUAACAGAGGUGAUAAGGAAAUAUGUAUGGAGGUAGAUGAUAAUGACAGGGAAUAUAACCAACCAGUGUACAGCUGGGAUUCAAAAAGUGGCAUGAAGCAUGAAGGACUCAAAUUUCAAGAGGAGAGGCUUAACAGGCAAGCAUAUCCUGUGCAAGAGAAAUCUUCAAAAGUACUAGAUGAUAAGAUGAAUGCACCAGAACAAAGUUUCAACCACAGAUCACUAGAUAAAGAGGAGGAUGUAGAAGAUCUUUUGCGUAGAAUCACAAAUCUUCAACUCCCCAAUGACAUGACAAAAGGAUCCAAUGCACAGAUCAAGCUUCAGCAAGCAGAUAAGACAGAAAGGGUCGAAGGUCAGAUGAUUAUCUUCAAAGACGAAGUUAUCUCCAACUUAAAGCCAGCCCAGAUUAAGAUUCUUUCAUUGCCACAGGUUUGUCAAAAGUUUAAGGAGAAGUGGACAAGUCUGACAUUUGAGGUGGACCACAGAAACCUCCAAAUGAAGCUAAAAGCUCCAGAAAAUAUAGUAAUGUUGAUCAAGGGGGAUGUCCUGUCUUUUGUCACAGCUGUGUGUGAGAGACAGAUAUCACUGACACCAGCAAAGGCAAAAAUGUUCUCCAGCACUCAUGCUCAAGACUUUAUCCAGGCUAAGCUUGAAAAAAGAGGGCUGGUUUGUUGGUGGGCAGUGGAACAUUCUGACUCCCUCUCUAUGUGUAGUCACAUGCAGGAUGUUAGAGAGAUUCAGGAAAUUCUUGAGCAUGCAUUCAGGGAAGAGACUAUCUCCCUUGAUGAUGAUAAGAUGGCAGUUGUGAAGAGUGUAGCCUGGCAGGCAUUUGUAAAGAAAGUGGAACAUCCAGAAAGAGGAACGUUGCCUUCUCCUAAGCUCAUUUUGAAUUUGUCUCUAAAGUCUGUUACAGUUGUUGAUGUUGUAGAAGACUUUGCCAGAACCUAUCAUGAUGUGAAGUCUUUCUUCAACAACAACAGACUGGAGGAGAUCAAAAUAAAAAUCGAUGUGGACAAACAGAAAUUCCUUAAACAGUUCUACAAAGAAGAGCUGAAAGAGCUUUGCAAACAAAAAGAUGUGACUUUAAAUUUGGACAAAGAUGCUUGUGUGGUCGUCAGGGGUCUCCAUGACAAUCUGUCAAUCAUAAGUGAAGAAAUUUCUCAACUCAUGCAGUCUAUCAAAAGUGAACAGAAGACAUUUGAAGGUCCUGGAAUUGUCAGGUACUUCAGCAGCCAGCAAGGACAGGAUUUUUUAAUGAACACAGGAAAUAUUAUGGGUUGCCUAGUAACAACAUCCUUUGAUCAGACUAAGACUGACCACGAAAAAAGUGGAUCUGGCAGGAGGAGGCACAGACCCAUAGGAGACAAUGAUUCAUUUGCUACACAUGAUGCGAGCUCAGGAGACACAUCCGAUGCUCCAAUACGAAUCAUCUCCGGAGAUCUUGCCAAUUCAAAAGCAGAUGUAAUUGUCAGCACAGCACACCCCAGCCUGGACUUGCAAAAAGGUGUGCUGUCACGGAGCAUCCUGCAGCAUGGUGGUGAUGCCAUUCAGCAGGAACUGCAAGACUAUUUUCAGCAGUAUGGCUCAUCACAGCUUGGAAAAUUGGUUGAGUCUUCAGGCGGAAACCUGCACUGCAGACGAAUAUUUCAUUUAAGUCUUCCUGUUUGGCAGAAAGACAGGGGACAGGUAUUGAAGUCUGCAGUUUUGGAGUGUCUUGACAGAGCACAUGAGAAGAAAGCUAAGAGCAUAUCUUUCCCCACUUUGGGUACAGGCAAGUUGGGGUACCCGAGUCACGUGGUAGCAGAUAUUAUGUACAGCACAAUAAGUAAAUGGUUCCACAGCCACAGUGACAGCUGUUUGAAAGAUGUUCAAAUCAUUGUUUUCUCCAAGGACAGACAGAGUAUGGAAGCUUUUAGGAAAGUAGAUAAAGGGAGUACCUUGCACCAAGCACUCUCAGGCCAAGAAGAUCGGGAUCAUGGUGGUAGACACAAAAGUCACAGCCAGUCUCAAUCAUCAUAUAGAGGCCGCACAAGGUGGACAUCAGUAGAUAUGAAAAUCUGGUCUAAGACACAAGAAGCUGUUGACAAGAUGAUAGAGAGAAUAGACCGCCAUAUUAAGGAGAGUCAGACUACAAAGAAUGAAAAAGACAAGAUCAUUUGCAGCUUCUCAGCUCAGCAGCAAUCAGCAGUAAUGGAUCUUCAGAAAAAACAUGAAGUUGCCAUUGAACUUGACACACACCAUGGGGUUGUCAGAAUCACAGGCUUUGAGCGUAAUGUGUUGGAAGCAUUAUCUGCAGUCAAAGAUAUCAAAUUUGAUGCCAGCAAACACCGCACUGUUGCAGUUGAAAUGCUGGCGGUCCGCUGGCAGUAUCAGGUGAGUAAGGACAAGUAUAAAGACUUUGACUCAGAGCACGUUUUGGAAAUUGAGGCCGCCUACAAGAAGAAAGAGUCUGCUGUUGUUCUUACUGACAAGCAAGGAAGGCGUUAUAAAAUUGUUUUCAACGAGAAAAAGGAGUAUUUCUUAGAUGACAAGAGUGCUCCCCCAAUUUCAGUUCGUCGUAGGGACAUUUUGGAAGAAAAAGCUCAAGAGAUCCCUCUACCUCAUCACUGGGAUCCUAUGAAGGGGAACAAAGUACAGCUGGUGACCUUGAAACCGUCUUCUGGAGAAUAUAAACGAGUGCUCCAGCACUUUGGGGGCCAGCCUGUCCAGAAGAUUGAACGUGUGCAGAACCCAACCCUCUUCCAGCAGUACAAGGUGAAGAAAAAGGAGCUGGAGAUUCACAACCCCCCUGGCACUGAAAAUGAGAAGAGGCUCUGGCACGGCACUGACUCCAGAAGUGUGGACAGCAUAAUUACUAAUGGCUUUAAUCGGAGCUACUGCGGCAAAAAUGGCACAGCAUAUGGUGAUGGAGUUUACUUUGCCACAGAUGCAAAUUACUCUAGAGGCUUUGCUAGAGAUGGAAAAAUGUUCCAGGCACGAGUCCUAGUUGGGCAGUCGUCACCAGGCCAAGCUGGCUUAAAAAUGCCACCCCUCAAACCUAGCACAAACCGACCCUACGACUCUUUGAGUGGACCAGGCAUGUUUGUUCUAUUCCAUGACUCUCAGGCCUAUCCAGAAUAUCUUCUUACUCUGUGACAAAACACUCCGAAACAUGCACAGCCUUUGAUGAACUAAUUCUGGAUGAGAACGCAGGUCAGCCAAAUUGAAAAAGCUAGAUAUUGUGUAAUAGAAGUGACUGUCAGCUAUUGACACUUCAAACUCUUUGUAAACAUGUGUGUUCAAUGAUCGAUGGCAAUACGUUUUCAACAGUUCUGCAGUGUUAUAACAGUUGCUGGUCGAUUUUAUAGUUUGCAUAAUUAUUUACGCAAUCUUUGUUUUUAAAAGUUGUUGAUUAUUACUCUACUUAUGUUGUUAAAGCUUUAUGGCGUGUUUGAUGAGCAGUUAUUAAAGAAAACACACCGAUUUCUAAUGUCAGACAAAUCAAUCUUUCCAAAACUAGUUUUUAUAAAUGUAUUUUUCAUCUGAAAUGCAUAUCAGAGGUUACAGUAGGUGUGUAAAUAUAGUGCUUUUGAUUAUGUGGCUAGAUAUAAUUAUGGAAUAUGUAUGCCAUGUGUGUAUCUCUGUGUGUGUGUAGAUAUAUAUACACAAACACACAAGCAAUCAAAAUCACACAAGCUGAUUCCUUACAGUUACUAAACCAAAGUGUAUUUAACAAAACCAAAUAGGAAUAAAACCAUCUAAGGAUCUGAAAUUAUAACAACUACUCCACAGUAACGAGCACUGAAGAACUCUAAAAGUUGGUAUGAACUGAAAAAUGUGAAAUUCAUUGGUACCAUCAUUAAGUUACAGUAUAUAAUACUGGUACAAAAUUUAAAAAAAAUUAAGGAGAUGGUACGAAUAAAGGAAAAUCAUU